CCAAACAACUUAAACGGCGAUCCCAGAACACAGAAACACAGUCCAGCUCUCCUCCUCCCUUUAAACCACCCUUCUUCCUGCGCGCAUUCGUGAUACCUGCCCUGAUCUGUGCUGGAUAUCUCUUCUUCGGCGGAUUUGUGCGGAUAUUGUCUAUUUAUUCCUCUUGUGUUCAUUUUGCGCCAUGGAUGUCCCAGACCCUGACCAGACGCCCUUUGCGGCCGUGACGACGCAUACUUCAAGACUUUCCCGGCAAUACCAAGCAUAUCUCGAUGCCGCAACUCCUUACACCGCAUACCGAUGGAUAGGAACCGGAAUGCUGCUUCUUAUCUUCUUCUUGAGAAUUAUCAUGGCGCAGGGCUGGUAUAUCGUCGCCUACACUUUGGGAAUCUAUCUCCUCAACCUCUUCCUUGCCUUCCUACAACCUAAGUUCGACCCAUCUCUCACGCAGGACGAGGGCCUAGAGGAUGGCGAGAGCUCUCUCCCCACAAAACAAGACGACGAGUUCCGCCCUUUUAUUCGAAGACUCCCUGAGUUCAAAUUUUGGCACUCAGCCACCAGGGCAAUUGCUAUCGGGUUCCUCUGCUCCUGGUCGGAAAUCUUCAAUAUCCCGGUCUUCUGGCCCGUCUUGGUAGUGUACUGGUUGCUACUAUUCUCCCUUACGAUGCGACGACAAAUACAACACAUGAUUAAAUACCGCUACGUUCCCUUCACGUUCGGAAAGACGAGAUACGGCCGGAGCUAAAAGGGGGGAACAAAAUCCACUUUGUUUUUUCGCUUUUCGAUCCGCAGCCCAAAAUUCAACGGGCGUCCCUCCCCGUCGAUUCCCCUUGUCGUACGAUCUAUUCUUAACCUGCCAGCACAUGCAGAUAUGCAGAUUUGCUAAUCGCUGGAAUUGAAAAUGAAACAGAAUGCCAACUUGCGCAUGGCACAUGUAUGGUAAUAUAUAUAUGGUAUAUGUUUUUAAUUCUUUCAACCACAUUCAAGUUUCUUCUCUCCAUGCUCUUCUGUGUACAAAUAAGAUUUAGAGAUGGUUAUUAUCCUGUAAUGUUUGUUUCUCUGUUAACAAGAUAAGCGGGACAUUCUUUUCAUGCAGAUAGUUCCUUGUCAUUCUUGUGAAGGAUUUUUUUUCCCCAUCAUUCCUUGCGUUUUCUUGGUAGAGUUACAUCUCCCGAAUCAAUGACUGAAAUUAUUUCCCAUUUUUCUCCUCCUCCUCUUUUUCUUUUCUUCUAAUUCCUGUUUCCAACAAUUGCUGUUUGCACCCAGAUGGUUAUUCCAGUAUGAACCCAAUAGGCAUUCCUGGGAGACCAAAAACAGGGGGACCUUUAGAAUUUUUGUUGAUGUUGACAACACUUGUUCCUUCCCCCCAGUUAAGAGAUCUUCUAUUUCCCCUUCAAUCGAUAUGUAUUUCAUUUCAAUUCUUGGUCCAGUUUCUACUUUCCCCUUCGCUCCUCCGGGAAUGAUGGGACUAUGAUUACAAUAAUUUUUUGUUCAGCCAGGCUCACUCCUUUGAGCUUGUAAAUACACAGGUAACACACAUACAUACUUAACGGAGCGACGAGAUGUAUGCGAUAAAUCGAAAAGAGCUUAAAGAAGAGCUCUGCUUUUCUUGCCACGUUGGGAUUUUGGGAGUCUCGGGGUAUUUUGCGCCCCUGAACUUGAUAGGCACACACUGCUUGUUCCCGUACCCAAUUCUAGCUUAUUCCUCUUUGGCCUCUUCAAAUUGAUAUUCAGCUCUUCCCCUUUAUUUAACUUACCCCCAUUGUGCCUAAGGCAAAUGUAACACUAACAGAACAUCUGCUUGCUUGAUAAGGUUCGUGGGCGAGGAGUAGUGUAGCUAUACAAGAUUCUUAAUCCUCUUCCGCUGCGCGAAG